AUGGGUGUCGUGAAUGCCUCUAGUAUCAAACUGGUAUGUUUUGGCCAAGACACAAUCAUCAUUGAUGCGGCAAUCCAUCGAUUCCAUGGUCGAUUGAGCCGGCUUCCAAACUACGCAACCGAUUAUAAGAUUAAUCCCAUGAAUCACACACUUCAGGCCAUUGAAACAAUUGAGGUACACAUAUCUUCAGAUGAUGUGAAGCUAACUCACAGUGUCAACGAAAGCUAUACGAUCUCCAUCAAUGAAUAUUCCUCUCUAGUAGUCAUAGAAUCGGAAAAUGUGUUUGGAGCCUUGUACGCCUUGGAAACAUUGGGCCAGCUCUUGGAGUUUGGGUGGCUUGAUGGUGAAGGUGACGAUGCCGUAUACGUUAUUCGCAACAUCCCCAUUGGGAUCGAAGAUUUUCCAAGGUAUGAAUACCGAGGACUGCUGAUCGAUACAUCGCGGCAUUUUUUGCCGCUGGAUUUGAUCCUAGCCAACCUCGAUGCAAUGCUGAUGAACAAGAUAAAUGUCUUACAUUGGCACAUGACAGAUUCCCAAAGCUUUCCGUAUCUGAUCGAAUCGAUGCCAGAACUGGCCGUCAAAGGUGCUUAUCAUCCUAAGAUGGUAUACACUCGUAAGGAUAUUCAGCGGGUCAUUCAUGAAGCAUAUCUGCGAGGCAUCAGAGUGAUUCCAGAGGUGGAUAUGCCGGGGCACACACAGUCGAUAGCUGCUUCUCGCCCGGAUCUAAUGUCAUGCUGUCCUCAUCCUUCAGACCCCCUCGAUCCAACAAACCCAAAAGUUUAUGACUUCAUAAGAGACAUCUAUCAAGAUUUGCGCAAUGUAUUUGUCGACGAUUUUGUCCACGUUGGGGGUGAUGAGGUGGAUCUGAGUUGCUGGGAUAACUCCAAGGACAUUGUGCAUUGGAGGCAGCAACACAAUAUAAGUUCGAGUGUAGGCCUUUUCGAGCUGUUUGAAACCCAACUACUGGAAAUAGUGGAGAAAGUUGGUCGGACUCCGAUUGUGUGGCAGGAGGUAUUUAAUUUAAACUUGACACUAACAGCGACCACAAUCAUUGACGUUUGGAAAGGAUUUGAUACAAAGACCAUGAGUGAUGCAACAAGAAGAGGUUUCAAGGUGAUACUGUCUGGUUGUUGGUAUUUGGACCACCUUACUUUGGAUUGGCAGAACUUCUACUCCUGUAAUCCGAGUAAUUUUACCGGACGCACAGAUCUACUAUUGGGUGGCCACGCAAGUAUGUGGGGAGAGCAUGUCGAUGCAAGCAAUUUCAUUAGCCGAAUAUAUCCACGCGUGUCUGCGAUGGCUGAACGACUGUGGACUGGUGAUAUUUCGAUUGCCAAGGAAAACGUCAGGCAACGGAUUUCUGAUUUUCGCUGUCGAAUGGUGCAGCAAGGAUUUGCUGCACAGCCAAUCGGACCAGGGUUUUGUGCCCAUGAAGUCCCAUAUCAAAGUUGCAAAACAGGUGACAGAAUUCCCAGCACAACACUACAGCUAGAGUUGUGA